GCACGCACCAAGCAACCUCAUCUACUAUAUGCAAAUGCUCAAUUUGGGCGUUCUGUCUCGUUCCUGAUGACGCCGGCGGGGAAAGCGAUGGUGUGAUUUUGGCGCUAUCGUCUGCCGCGCCGCCGUUCGUUGCAUCUCCAAUUGAGCAAGUCGAGAAAGAAAGUUAACUUACUCUAGAUUCUCCUCACGGGGGUGCGGAUCCCGAGUCUGUGCUGCUUUUCAUCAUUUGGACACAUUCCAGGUCGGAUUUAAGUACCUGGUAAAAAAAAUCUGGAUAGGUGAAAGAUCCGAAGCUUUGCUGUAGCUGCUUUUCUUUCGUUGCGAAAAGGAAGAAAAACAAAGCUGGAUUAUUUCCUUAUCUUGCCACGAUGGGAAAGGUAAAGAGUGUCGCCGUUAUUGGUGCGGGGCCUGGGGGAGCUAUUGCUGUCGAUGCUCUCGCGCAGGAAAAGGCAUUUGAUGUGAUCCGUGUCUUUGAGAGGAGGGAAAAGGCUGGAGGGUGCUGGGUGUACGAUGAAGAAGAACCACCGGUGCUUUCUGAUUUCGAUCAAUUAUCCAACCGCACAGCUGGAGGCCCCAUUGACAUUCCGGACAAGCUUCCAGGAUAUGCGUCGCGGUCACCUAGUCACCGAUUCACGGAUACUGCCGUGUAUCCGGCGCUGGAGACGAACGUGGAUGCGGCGGCCAUGUCCUAUUCCCAAGAGGAUAUACCGGAAAUCCGAACGAAGAAUUCAAUCAACCUGCAUGGUCCGGACACGCCGUUUCGACACCAUACUGUGAUCAGACAAUGGGUCGAAGAUCUCCUAAACCGCAAUGGAUAUCAGGAUCUAGUGGAGUAUAACACGACGGUUGAGAAGGCUGUGAAGGAUCCGAAGUCUGAUAAAUGGGUCCUCACGUUAAGAAGGGGCGAAAAGGCCGCAAAGGAGGAUUACUGGUGGAUAGAGGAGUUCGAUGCUUUGGUGGUCGCUUCGGGACAUUACAGUGUGCCUUAUAUUCCGCAUAUUAAGGGUCUGAAAGAAUUCGCGGAAGCGUAUCCGGGAAGUAUUGAGCAUACAAAGGGAUAUAGACAUCCAGAGAAGUAUAGAGGGAAGAGAGUCAUCACUGUCGGCGCAUCCGUCUCGGGCGCCGAUACGGCCGUCAGUAUAGUCGACGUUGUACAGCCUCCAGUCUAUGCUGUUGUUCGCGGAAAAUACAACGUCUAUUUCGGAGAUGAAGCUUUCAAGCAUCCGAACAUCGAACGCAAACCGACAAUCACCCACGUCUCCCCGGAGAACCGGACAGUGUAUUUCGAGGAUGGUACCUCUGUUUCUAAUGUAGACUACAUCAUCUUCGGCACGGGGUUUACUUGGAAUUUGCCAUUCUUACCAGAUAUCCCGACGCGGAAUAACCGCAUCCCUGAUCUAUAUCUCCAUGUCUUCCACCAGCAGGAUCCAACAUUGACUUUUGUCGGGGCGGUCGGCGCCGGACUGACGUUCAAAGUCUUUGAAUGGCAAGCCGUGCUCGCUGCUCGUGUCCUGGCAGGGAAAGCACAACUGCCUCCUCUUUCAGAGCAGCAGAAAUGGGAACGAGACCGGAUUGCAGAGAAGGGCGACGGACCUGCCUUCACAGUGAUAUAUCCGCGUUUCGAGGAAUAUUUCGAGACUCUACGCAAGUUGGCAGGAAACCCGAAACCUGGAGAGCCUGGAAGACGGUUACCGGAAUUCGACCGUCGCUGGGUAGAGAUUUUCAAUUCAGGACAUGAAAGACGGAAAGCGAUGUGGAGAAGGAAGAAUGAGCAAGCACGGAAGAAGAUUGCUGCUUCGAAACUAUGAUGAUAUACAAAGUUUUGGGGUAUAUCAGGGAUGUUACUAUUAGAGUACUAUUCUCUAGAAUAUGGCCGAUGAGAGUUCAACUGUAUUGUACACAUGCGGGAAUGUUAUCUUGGGGAUUAUAUUUGAUGGAUUGAAUAAAAAUGGCAGAUUCUCUCUGGAUUUUGGCCUUAGUUAACAGACGAAUAAAUUGAUAACCUAUCAACUCGAAGCGC